GAGGAAGAAGAAGAGGAGGAGCCUUUUGCCAAGAGUGGGCGUGACUAGGGGGGCGGCAGUCUAUAUAAAGCGCGCUGCUCGAGCCCUGGGAGCCUCAGUUGCGCUUGGGAGGCGGCGGGGUCGGUUUGCAGAAGUUGCCUUUGGCUCGGCGGGAUUUGGAGCCAGCUGUCUUCGAAGUUUAGGUUUCUGUUUUUCUUUUUCUUUCGUUCCCCCGCAAACGAGGAUUACCUUUGCGUGUCUGCAGUAUCGUGUGCGCGCUCUGUCUAGAACACGCGUGUCAAAAGAGUCGUGUGAACGCGUGACCCCCCUUCCUGGGGGUCAGGCGGGUGUGGGCCAUGGAAGAGAAGUACCUGCCGGAGCUGAUGGCCGAGAAGGACUCCCUGGACCCCUCCUUCACCCACGCCUUGAGGCUGGUCAACCAAGAAAUCGAUAAAUGCCAGAAAGGGGAAGGCAAGGAAGAAGAAAAGUACAUUGAUGUAGUGAUAAAUAAAAACAUGAAAUUGGGACAAAAAGUAUUAAUUCCAGUAAAACAGUUUCCCAAGUUCAACUUUGUGGGAAAACUUUUGGGCCCACGUGGCAAUUCUCUGAAGCGCUUGCAAGAAGAAACAUUGACAAAAAUGUCAAUAUUGGGAAAAGGAUCCAUGAGGGACAAAGCAAAGGAGGAAGAGUUGAGAAAAAGUGGAGAAGCAAAGUACUUCCACCUAAAUGAUGACCUGCAUGUGUUAAUCGAAGUGUUUGCCCCACCAGCAGAAGCAUAUGCCAGGAUGGGACAUGCACUGGAAGAAAUUAAAAAGUUCCUUAUCCCUGACUAUAAUGAUGAAAUCCGACAGGCACAGUUGCAAGAAUUAACUUACUUAAAUGGAGGUUCUGAAAAUGCAGAAGUUCCAGUAGUUCGUGGAAAACCUCCCUUACGGGCAAGAGGAGUACCAGCCCCUGCUUUGGCAAGAACCCGUGGAGGUGUACCACCCCCACCCACUGGCGUUCCAAGAGGGGCACCAGCACCCAGAGGCAUACCCCCUGGCAGAGGUCCCAUCACUCGUGGCCGAGGUCUUUUGACUCCCAGAGCAAGAGGAGUUCCUCCCUCUGCAGGCUACCGACCCCUUCCACCACCUCCAUCGCAGGAUACAUAUGGAGAAUAUGAUUAUGACGAUGGAUAUGGCACUUCGUAUGAUGAACAGAGCUAUGAUUCCUAUGAUAACAGCUAUAAUACUUCUGCACAGAGCGGGGCCGAUUACUACGACUACGCCCAUGGCCUGAGUGACGAGACAUACGAUUCUUACAGACAGGAAGAAUGGACCAACUCAAGACACAAGGCACCUCCUGCAAGGACAGCAAAGGGAGCCUACAGAGAGCAGCCAUAUGCCAGAUACUGAUUAUACUGUCUGAUGUUGUGAAAUACCCAAUCUCCACCAGUCCUGUAUACUGUUCAAAGUAAUUUUUUCUAUGAACAAUCCCUUUUUAUUAAAAUCAAAAGUGCUUAAUCUGAAUGGACGGACUGAGCUUAAAUCUAUUUUUUGCUGAAUGAAAAGCCUGGACAGGAAGACAUGUGAAAGGAGAAGCUUUGCUAAUUCCAGAUUGUAUUUGGGAAAAAAGGGGGGGAAAAUAGGUGAUCAAACAAAAAAAAGGAAAAAAAUAACCUUUGAUUAACUAGUGUUAAAAGCAGCUAGGUUUACUAAAUAUGUUAAUCUAUUAUUUUAACCUAAGCGUAACCUUUUAUUUUAAAGGUUUUUCAACAAUUUAGUUCUAGUUUUACCUUUCAACCAUUUUGCUAGUCUUUCUCUUGCAAACAUGCGUAAAAAGGGAAGCAGAUCAGAAAUGCAAAUGUGGUAUUUUGUAAUUUUGAGUCUUGAAAUGUUCUGUAGUGUUAAGCAAAGUUUACUCUUGCUUGAUACUAAAUAAACUUUUGGAAGAAAAAUCAGUGUGUGUGAGAGUAUGCAUUUAUUUAUUUAUUUAAAAACUUUCAUAAAUAGUAGUAAAACAGGGAGGGAGUCAUUUUAACAAUGAGCAACAUAAAAUGUCUCCUAUUAAAACACUGUGCUUCUUUCUUUUUUUUAAUAAAAUUGUAUAAACCCAAAGGUGCAUUUCAUUAUAUAUAUAUAUUUUUCACCCGUACACACAAUAUAGAUUUAAAGACUUGUUAAAGAAAGAAUCCAAAUGGUCUUGAUAUGCUGGAAUGCCAUUUUAUAUAUAUAUAUAUAAAAGAACAAAUUCUUGCUUUAAAAUAGUUAAUGCAUUUUCUGAAACAAACAAAAAAUUAAAAAGAGAAAAACACCUGUGACUUAGUUUUCAUCUUGUUGAGCAUUUCUUCACUAGUGCAACUUUGGAAUUUUUUUUUCCCGUUCUGUUCUUUUGAGAAUUUUGGUACCUUAAUGACAACCUCGCUCCGUGCUGGAAGCAAUAAACACAAAGCUUUUAAAGACUUUCUGACUUGACUAAUUGAGGUCGCUUUCGUCAGAGGCAGAGGAUGUGUAACCCUUAAAACGGUCUUCAUUUGCAAAGGAAACACAGCCAAGGAAAGCCAAGAGGAUUAAAUCCUGUUCCCUGUUGAUGCUUUGGAACUAAUGAUGGUAUAGACAGACAUUUCAUCCUCUCAAAAGCCCUGUGAGGAAGUUAAACUCAGAGAUAUCGACAGGCCAAGGCCACCUACUGAGUUUCCAGGCUGAAUGAGGAUUUGAAUUGCAGAUCGCCUUAGUCCUAGACUGACACUCUUAACUCUCUCCCUAGUUCUUCAUUUUAGUGGGGGGAAAGAGUGUCUAGUCAUGUGACUGAAUUUCAGAAUCUUGAACUAUCGGUUGUUCUGAUCAAUGUAUUAUGUCUGGGAUCAAGAAUAAAAAUGUAUAUCAAAAUGUAGGCUUGGAAGUCAUCGUUCAUAUGGUCAUCUUUGACAAAUAAGAAUUAUCUUCUGGCAAUCUCUGCUUCCUAAAUUUAGAAAGAAUGCUUUUUUAAAGAUACAAUGGGUAAAGUACAGCCCACAGGUCUCUUGAGGUUUCCGCCAGUCCAUCUGUUUCUGUUUGUUUAUUUGUUUGCUGCCUUUUUGGCUCAUCCCAGAUGCCAUGCCCUUCCACAUUUGGAAGGACAAAAAGGGCCAGCCAGUGGUAAACUGCCUUGCAUGGAAGACUCUAGCUGUGGUGGCUUUACAAGAAACAGUCUUCAGAACUCCAAACUCCAGAAAAUAAGAUUGCAACAAAAUGUAGUUCUCAUUGUGGUUUUCUCCCCUUUGAGAAUGUUGAUGUCUCCUGUCGAUCAAGGAAUAGCAGUAGAUGACCACACUUUGUGCAGUUGCCUACCCUUUUUUGAGGCUUUAAGUAUUGUACGCAUGGUAAAUAACAACUGUGUUUAGGCAUACAGAUUAAUGGAGGAGGGAUGGACAGUUGUAGCCUUGACUGCAAACCUGCAAGAAGGAUUGUCAGUCUACUUGAGGAUAUAUAAGAAUCAGGGGGUCAGUUCAUGCAUCAAUUUUUAGUCUCCCAAAACCUUGCUACUCAUUAUUUGAUGACUUCUUGUUUGCCUCAUUGAGAAAUAAUGUUUGAAAUAUAGGGUACUAUACUGCUUUCUUCCAUGUGCCACACAUACACACAUGGUGAUCCAUACUGACAAGAUCUGACUUGGCGGUGGAUGGUGUUUUUCCCCCCAUGUUAUGCCCAUGUUGGCAUAAAGUCAAAGGAAGUUCUGUUAGUUAUGGCCAAAUUAAUUAAGUUAUGGCCAAACUGCAUCAAAAGAGCCUCAAAACCAUUCAGGGAUUUCAGUUUCAGUUGAACAUUUGGUUUCAGUUGAACAUUAGAAAAAGAACAACCUGACAGAAAGAGCACUUCAGCAAUGAGAACCAAUUACUUAGAGAGGUGGUUGGGUUUCUUUGUUUGGGCCAACUUCAAAAAGAGUCUGGACAGCUACCUGCUGGGGAUGCUCUGGAUGGGAUUUCUGCAUGAAGCAGGGAGUGGGUUUGGAUUCAGUGAUCUAUCCCCUUCCAACUCUGGAUUCUAUGAUUCGCACAUUUACCCACUUCUCAGGUGAGCAUUUGAAUUGCCUGCACUGGACAAGUUGUUUUAUCCAUGAAAUAAUGUGUCUGAACCAGAGUCCAACAUGUCUUUAAGCUGCAGGCAAAUGGGGGACCACUUAUUGAAUACCCUUCCACAAAUGAGUAAAGAGUACAGCUGUAAAGUGUUAACACUCCUGUAAUGCCCCAACAGGUUUUCAGCCAUGUUUGUUUAUUUGUUUUCAUAAACCUAACCAGCUUUGGUAGUAAGCAAAUCAUAAGGGCCUCUCUUGAUGACUUCAGAAUUCAGUCAGCCUCCUGAAGAUGAAAGCAGUCUUUAUAUUGAAGACAUAAAAGCACCCUUCCCUAUCCAGCCACAUUGACUGAGAGGUUGUGGGUUGUAAUCCAAUACAUCUAGAGAGCAGUGAGUUGGUGAAGACUGCAUAAGAGCCCAGAUGGGUGAACUCGACAAAGAUGUUCAGACAUCAUUGCUUAACACUACAAUAUAAUUAAACUGCUGUUGCUUAUAUAUAUAUAUCAGCUUUCUAAGAAAGAAAUUUCAAAAAUACAAACUCCAAAGAAUUACAAAAUUAAAACCUGCAAACGAAAACUUGGAAGCAAUAAACGUGUUUACCAGAUAUAUCUGUGCAUUCAUCAGAUUAAAGCAUUGUAACAGCAACUUGCUACUAGUUCUAAAAUUAGUUUUUACUCAAAUUCUCAAGACUGCCAGAAUCUACAUAUGAGUGCAUGACUAUAAGUAAAAGUAAGAAUGGAUAGUUACUGGGCAAAAUAGAACUGUUUAUAACUGGAAAAUACAAGGCCUGUGUUUCAGUAGGUAAAUACUGGCAUCUGAGAAGUAAUCAAAUUAGUUCUUUAGUUACAUAAAGAAGCCACACUUAACUCAGUGUAUCUUGUGCAGACAUUUUAGGUAUUAUUUGUAGGACCUGCAUACUUAAAAUGUUAGCCUAUUUAUAAUUUAAGAGACACUUUGCCAUUAGAAUUAGAUAUUUUAAGCCUACUAAUUUUUUUUAAAGUGUGUUUAUAUUAAUCCUUUCCCCCAUGGACUACUUUUGACUGAGGUAGUAAUCUCUGUGUGAGAUUGCAUCAUUUAUUUGCUAGAUCAGGGUGGCAGUCAUGUGGCCAUCUGCAUGUGGUUGAACUGCACCUCCCAACAGCCCUAUCCAGGAGGCCAGUUUUGAAGAACACUGGUAGUUGCAUCUGUGCAACAUCCACAGGGUCAUAUGAUUUCCAUGCCUGUUAUAAAUUAAACGUUUUCAGUGAAGUUCUUCUCUUACUUGCAACUUUCUAUAGAAAGUACCUUUUUGUUUGCUUUUGGAGUAUAGAAGAGCAUUCAAUGUGAGCCCAUACUUGCAAUUUGAAGUGGUACAAUCCACUCACAAGUUUACUCACCCCAAUAAGACCUACAUAUCACUUCUCAGGAGUCAAUUCAGUUAUCCCGGAUAAUACCUCAGGUCUGUUAUCUGAAGACUUGGCUGACCUUUUUUUUUAAGAUGAGAGGGAUUAAUUCUACCCCAACUUUUUAAAAGAAUACUUGCCCAGAAGUAAGAAACUUCUAUAUAUAUUUUAACGAUUGUUCCCAUUCUGAGAAAAAGGCUGGAUGGCAACAAGAACAACAACUGAAUCCUGUUGGUGUCUUUGUUGUUGUGUGCCUUCAUGUCAUUUCCAAAUUGUCAUGACCCUAAGUCAAACCUGUUUUUGGCAAUAUGUUCUUGGGAGUUACACACACAUAAAUUCCACCAAGAAAGUGAUUGGAUAUUUUUCACUGAUGCACAUCCACAUUGCAGUUUAAGGUCAUAGAAGUGGAGCUAUGCAUUUGCUUGCAUAUUUGGUGUCAUAGUUCUAUAGUACAACAUUGCCAUUCAACAUAAAAAAUUUCCCUUACACAUUACAUCAUAACUCCACAUCAAGAGAUCUAUGGCCUUGUACAUACCUGUAAAAAAGUCUGGAGCGGCAUUGGCCUUUUUUCCUGUGGAAGGAAGCCACAGCUGCCAAACCACGUGGCUUCCCUCCGCAAGAAAAACAACCCGCAAAAAGCGGGGGUUUUUUCUGUCGUGCCAGUUAUGUCUGAGUGCGCCAAUGGCGCACUUGUGAUGUAACUGAAGUGACGCAAUGUAAGGAUGCUACGCAUCCGUUACGUCAUAAUGGCAGCGCCUGUGUAUAGGCCAGUACGUGCUAGGGUUAGGGAUUGUGCGGUUGCUGUACGGUCCCAUAACCCUACCACGGCAUAAGCACAGCACUUUAGCGCUGUCUAUACCGUGCCUAUAUUACACAACCCCAGUGUAAGAUCUUGGACAUUGUUUUGGAUAUUUUUUACUUGCAGAGUAAAAACCUGCUUAUAUUUUCAGGACGGGAAAAAAUAUUUUUACUUUGCUUACAAGGGAAGCACUCGAAACUGGCACCACACAUUUGUAACCUGAAGUGGCAUGAUGCCCUGUACCACAUGCAUAAUACAGGUUUAUACACAGUUCUGUACACUAUAUAUCACAAAGGUAUAGAACUGCUGUUCUUUGUGUUAUACCACAUAGCCAUUGUAUUCUAAAACCCAAUUAUGUGAUCUUGCCAAAGCUGAACCUGUGUCCUUUUAAAUUAAAAUUAGACCUAUCCAGGUGAGAUACCACAGCUAGUUUGCAUUAAAUUUGUGAGAAAUUCUACCUUUAAAAACACACUGUUAACUAUUGUGAACAUGAAAACCAUGGGCCUUUUCUAUUUUAACAGCAAAGCCAUUCUUUUGUUUUUCUCCAGAAAGACAUACAAUAGACUUUUCCACAUAAAUCAGUAACAUUUCUAAUUGCUGCUCUCCACCACCUGCAACGUGAUAAUCCCCAGAGAGUCACAAAUAAUUACUAGUUCCAAGAAUAUAUACAUCUGCAGUUUUUUUUUUCCCCUGCUGUUUUCCAGGGACUUCGCUAUGGACAGAUUCAAAAUACUCCUCUCACCAGUGUGCCUUGGAAACAAUAGCCAGCAGCUAUAUGAAGCUUCACUUGGAUUUCCUUUUUUAUACUACCUGCUGAACUGCAGGGUUUAUAGUAUGUAUAGCUUUUCAGAUCUCAAUUUUAAUGCUAAAAAUGUUUCAUUUACUUUUGCUGUACCUUUGUGAAGCAGUUAAUAAAAGCUAUUCUGUUUCA